AUGAACCACGACUCUGUGCGCGGCGUCCGCUUCAAUGUAGGGCCACACAACGAGCUGCUUCCAGAAUCCCCCAGAGCCGCCAUGAGCAAGCCCAUCGUCGUCAAUGCGCCCGAUGCCCAAAACGACUCGUCCGGCCCAGGCUCUUCCGGCGAUUCCGAUCAUGACCAGCUACCCGCCCACCACGGUGUCCACGAAGAGGACCACGCAGAUGGCCACUACCAGUUUGUGCCGCCCAUUGUAACCAGCCCGGUGGAUGAGGCUCCCCCUUUGACCUCCUCUGCCUCGUAUGCUUGGAACAGCAACCAGCCACGCCCUCGCACCCUCCAAGCCGGGAGCCGAGCACCCUCUUCCGAGAACGCCCAGCCCACGCAAGCAAACGGUAUGAGCUCAAACACCCGCAAUCCAAGGCCCUGCGCCGUCAGGACCCCCUCGAAUGCCUAUGCGCCGCAGCGUAGACCGCAGCAAUUCUCCAUCGACACGAGCAACCGCAACCGCCAUCCCUCCACCACGCGCUCCCGCCGUAACCCCAAUGCCGACUAUCGUGCACAAGAGAAGGCCUACGUACAGCGGAUCCGGCAAGAGAAUGAUCAGGAGGACUUCUUCGACGACAUGCGCACACCUAGCCUGGGGUACAGCACCGACUCGGACUCGGACGACGAGUCACCAUCGACCGUUGAGCACGUAGGGGAGGAUGCCUACGACCAGGAGACCUUACUCUACUACGGUAACAAUGACAUGCAACCGUCGGCAGAAGAGCUCAAGAUACCCGAGAACCGCGAACGUUUAGAAUGGCAUUCCAUGUUGUCCAAUGUGCUGAGGGGAGACGUUGUCAAACAGGAGAAGAAGAGGCUGAUUGGCAGUACCGAUCACCCAGGAGAUACUGCUUGGAGAGCGGAGAUGUGGAUGGGGAUUCGUGCCAAGGUCUGUGGCCGGUCGCUCCAGGCCCAACGGCGAUUGGUCGACGACGGACGCGCAAGCAUCAAGACAACGCUUGAGAACAUCAUUGCUUUUGAAGUCCAGGGUGAAGCGGAAGCUGGCCAAAGUGCGGCUGCACAGGUUCAGGAGGUUGUCAAGGAGAUUGAGAAGGUCGAGAGCCUCUACCCGAAUAGACUUGCUCUGGAGGCGGCUCACCCUAGGGCGGCAUCUGCUGCUUUCAAAGACGCAUGCGAUGCAGUUUUCGCCUGGCACAAUACCACCGAGUUGAUCAGCAGAGAAAUGUCCAUCCUGAGGAAGUGGGUCGGCAACGACGAGCUUGAUUUCUCGAAGCCGCGGGCCCGGACCGUGCAAGAUCACCAUCUCACCGACGACUCCUCCUUCAUCGACCGCAUCCUGAAAGAAGACGGGUUGAAGUCGUUACAGGGCGAGACGAGCCUUCUGAAUGCCCUGGAAAAGGUCAUAUACAAGGCCAAGGAGACCCUCAUUGCAAAUGCAGAGGCGUUUGCAAAUCGCCAUCUACCUCCUUACAUCGAAGAGUUGCUAACACUCAUCAAUUUCCCUUCCCGCCUCGUCCAAGAUAUCAUCAAGAUGCGGUUGUCGUAUGCCAAGAAGAUCAAGGAUCCCUCUCAACGGGGCCUCAUGAUGGCCGAGCAAAUGAUAUCACAGUUUCAGAUCCUGCUAACUCUAGCUGGGAAGAUCAAGCAGAGCUACAUCAAGAUAUCACGACCGGAGCCGGGGUGGGAUCUUCCCGUGUGCAUCGAGGAAAACUUUGAUCAGACGGUCAUGGAUGCUUUGAAGUUCUACUUCAAAAUGCUGAAUUGGAAGCUCUCUGCCAACAAGAACAAUUUCAAAGAGGCCGAGAUUCUGGAGCAAGAGUGGGAAUUCUGCAACAAGCUUGGCCGUAAUUUCGAAGGGGGUGAUGUGGAGGUGGCCGAGCACUUCAGUUCCUUGACAUCAAAGUCGUUGUCGCGGUUGACUGCACAUUUCGAGAAGGAGCUUCAGCGGCGGCCCGACGAAGUCAUUGCUGCUGAAUUGGAGAAACGUUAUAAGCAGAUACUGGACUCCGUCCGCGUUCGGCAAAGGAAGCUGUUCCGCUUCUCCAGGAUUCUUACGCAGCGCUUUGAGAACUGCACCGAGUACAGCAUCAAAAGCACCGACCUGGACCACGAACAGUUGAACGAUCUCUAUGACUCGCUCAUCAUGACCGACCAUUUCCUCGUUGAAACAACCGAAAGUGGAAAUCCUGGCGUGUUUAUCAUCGCUUCACCCGCUCUCCAGGAUCGCCCCAAGGAUAUCCAGUCUCUCCUCACAACAUGUUACCACGCAGAAGAAAACCCAGAGGACCCCUCCAAUCCAUAUACCCUCAUCCUGAAGCCAGAAGAGCCGCUGUACUGGCGUGGGAAGCGUAUGACGGCCGACAUUCGGGAACCUAUCCUGGACUUGAAAUACGGUAGCUUGCGUGUUGUCGCCGAUGGGUCCCAGCAGCGCCUGACCAACGCGAAUACCAAUUUCCUCGAAGCAAUCGGCACCGAUCUCAGCAAACUCAUCGAUCAGAGAGCGAACCUACCCCGAGUGAAUGUUGAGCUCCAGAAGAUUCGCAAGACGGCAUAUAAGCUCUCAAACACCAUCAUGGACAGCGUCGAGAUCAUCCGCAAGCAGACUGCCGGACUUGGGUGCCAAGACCUCAUCCAGAGUUGUUUUGCCUUCGCAGCGGAGUUUGGGCAACGUUCGAUCAUGUAUCUGGACUACAACCGCCGCGCUAUGAACAACAUCAAGUUGACACGGCUGGCUUUGGACUGGGUCAGCUUCAUCUGUGACGACUGCGUGGCAUCGGAUCGGAAGACGUUCCGUUGGGCUGUAGUGGCUCUGGAAUUCGCCAUGAUGAUGACCCGUGGACAGAAUAUACUAUCAAUCAGCGAUGAGGAAUAUGCUACCCUCCGUCGGAAAGUGGCUGGUUGCAUGUCGUUGCUCAUCUCCCACUUCGAUAUCAUGGGUGCCAGGUCCACCAUCGCUGCCCAGGCAGAACGGCAGCGUCUGAACGCGUUGGCCGGGAAGUACAUGAUGGAAGAGAUGAACUCGAAGGAUGACGACGAAUCGAUAGCCUUGACACAAGCACAGUGGAUGGCUCAGUUGGAGGAGAUUGACGAGCUUCGGAAAGCCAAGGAAGCGGAACGACAGGCUCUAGGAAGAGUACUUGAAGACUCCAACGAAGCCGAUCGCGCUCUCACCUACCUGUCCUCCUCGGCCACCAAUGUUACUCUGCGAUGGCAGCAAGGUCAGUUUGUGGGCGGUGGAACCUUCGGUUCCGUCUACGCUGCAAUGAACCUGGAUUCCGGCCAUCUGAUGGCCGUGAAGGAAAUUCGGCUCCAGGAUCCCCAGCUCAUCCCCACCAUUGUCUCGCAGAUUCGGGAUGAGAUGGGUGUUUUGCAGGUCCUCGAUCACCCGAACAUCGUUUCGUAUUAUGGCAUCGAGCCGCACCGGGACAAGGUCUACAUCUUCAUGGAGUACUGCUCUGGCGGUUCUCUGGCUGGGUUGCUUGAGCACGGUCGCAUCGAGGAUGAGACGGUCAUCAUGGUGUAUGCCCUACAGAUGCUGGAAGGUCUCGCCUACCUCCACGAGGCUGGUGUCGUUCACCGCGACAUCAAGCCCGAAAACAUCCUCCUCGACCAUAACGGCGUCAUCAAAUUCGUCGACUUCGGCGCCGCCAAAGUCAUUGCGCGACAAGGCCGCACCCUCGCCGCCGAACACGCCGCCACGCGCCAAGGCCGCCAACGCUCCAUGACGGGCACGCCAAUGUACAUGUCGCCCGAAGUCAUCCGCGGCUCGAACCAAGGCCGCCACGGCGCCGUCGACAUCUGGUCGCUGGGCUGCGUGAUACUGGAAAUGGCAACUGGGCGGCGGCCCUGGUCGUCGCUCGACAACGAGUGGGCCAUCAUGUACAACAUUGCGCAGGGCAAUCCACCGCAGCUCCCCACCAAGGACCAACUCAGCGACCUGGGCAUCGAUUUUUUGAAAAAGUGCUUCGAGCGCGAUCCUGCAAAGCGCGCGUCGGCGGUCGAGCUGCUGCAGCAUCCGUGGAUCAUGGCGCUGAGGGCGCAGUUGGCGCUCGAGCCGCAGACGCCCGGGUCGGAUAGCACGGGUAGUGGGCCGAGUAGUGCGGGUACGUCGAGGCAGAAUUCGGGGCUUUAUUAG